AGGUCAUGACAAAGCAAUGCAUCAGCCUCCUGACGCCCCUGGUUGUGCUACUCCUCACAGGGCUAGCAGACCCCAGCCUCGGCUCUGCUGGCGAGCAGGAGGAUUACUACAGGCAUGGGAUGCUGAGAAGGGAGCAAUACAAUCAGGUUCAAGUGCAGGAGAAGCCCAUUUCCUUAACACCGGAUGGACAUGAGCACCCAAGACAGAGCAAGAAAUCUCCUAAAGGGAUGACAGAAAGCAACAAGAAGAAUGAGAAAAAGACAGCUCCGACAAAGUCAGAGAAAGCAGCCAGCAAAAAGGCAGUGAAGACCAAGAACGCCCUGAAAGAUCCCAACAGCAUCUCUGAAGGAGUCGGACAAUACAGCUCAAUAAAAGAAGAAUGUCCUCCCCUAGGACUGGAGACAUUAAAGAUCAAUGAUUUCCAGCUUCAUGCUUCGUCCACAAAACGCUACGGCCUUGGAGCGCACCGAGGUCGCCUUAACAUUCAGGCUGGCUUCUACGAAGACGACCUGUACGACGGGGCCUGGUGUGCAGGGAGGAAUGACCCACUUCAGUGGAUUGAGGUGGAUGCUCGGAGGCUGACCAAGUUCACCGGGGUCGUCACACAGGGCAGGAACUCCCUCUGGUCGAGCGACUGGGUGACAUCGUACAAGGUUAUGGUUAGCAACGACAGCCACACGUGGGUCACACUCACAAACAUCUCCGAGGACUUGAUAUUCCGUGGAAACAGAGAAAAAGAAAUCCCUGUCCUGAACAUCUUCCCGUCACCCGUAGUGGCCCGGUACAUUCGGAUCAACCCUCGCUCCUGGUUUUACAGCGGCAGCAUCUGUAUGAGAGUGGAAAUCCUCGGCUGUCCGUUGCCAGAUCCAAAUAAUUAUUACCACAGACGCAAUGAUGUCAUAACGACUGAUGACUUGGACUUCAGGCAUCACAGCUACAAAGAGAUGAGACAGCUUAUGAAAGUGGUUAAUGAAAUGUGCCCCAACAUCACCCGGAUCUAUAACAUAGGAAAGUCCCAGAGCGGCCUCAAACUGUAUGCCAUCGAGAUCUCUGACAACCCAGGAGAACAUGAAGUUGGUGAACCAGAGUUUCGUUACACAGCAGGUUCCCAUGGCAACGAGGUGCUGGGACGAGAGCUCCUCCUCCUGCUGAUGCAGUUCAUGUGUUUGGAGUAUCUGUCUGGCAACCAGCGGGUCCGUCACCUGGUGGAGGAGACCAGAAUCCACCUGCUGCCAUCCAUCAACCCUGAUGGGCACGAGAAAGCCUUUGAAGUGGGUUCAGAGCUCAGUGGCUGGUCUCUUGGCCGAUGGACCAAUGAUGGGAUAGAUGUUCACUACAACUUCCCUGAUCUCAACUCCAUUCUGUGGGAGGCGGAGGCCAAGAAGUGGAUUCCUCGCAAAAUGCCCAACCAUCAAGUGCCCAUCCCAGAAUGGUACCAGUCAAUAAAUGCUUCAGUUGCCUUGGAGACGCGAGCUCUGAUAUCAUGGAUGGAGAAAAUGCCGUUUGUGCUGGGUGGGAACCUCCAGGGAGGGGAGCUGGUGGUGACCUUCCCGUAUGACAGAACCCGCUCCCAGGGGGUGGUCAUGGAGCAGACCCCCACCCCUGAUGACCACGUCUUCCACUGGCUGGCCUUCUCCUACGCAUCCACCCACAGACUGAUGACUGAUGCCAACCGACGGGUCUGUCACACCAAAGACUUUGCCAAGGAGGACGGGACCAUCAACGGAGCGUCCUGGCACACGGCAGCCGGAAGUAUGAAUGAUUUCAGCUACUUGCACACCAACUGCUUUGAGCUGUCGAUGUAUGUGGGCUGUGACAAAUUUCCACAUGAGAGCGAGCUGCCAGAGGAGUGGGAGAACAACCGCGAGUCUCUUCUUGUUUUCAUGGAGCAGGUGCAUCGUGGGAUCAAAGGCGUGGUCAGAGACCUACAAGGUCGUGGUAUCGCUAACGCCAUCGUCUCUGUGGAGGGGAUCGGCCAUGACAUUCGCACAGCUGCUGAUGGGGAUUACUGGCGCUUGCUAAACCCUGGAGAGUACCGAGUAACAGCCAGAGCCGAAGGCUACGGAUUUACCAGUAAGAAGUGCGAGGUGGGCUACGACAUGGGCGCCACCAGGUGCGACUUCACCAUCAUCCGGACCAACUUGUCACGAAUCAGAGAGAUCAUGGAGAAGUUCAACAAACAGCCCAUCAAAUUACCCGUGAGGCACCUUCAAGCUCGCAGGUCCAGAGAAAGAGGUCUGGGAACAUAA